CAAUGAGUCCUUGACAUCCCUUGUGCACCUCAGAGGACCACGCAGCUACUCUCGGCCAGGGGAGGGCGGAGGGCUCUGUUUGGAGGAGGUCACCCUGGAGACAGGGCGCGGAGUCCAGGGGGCUGCAAGGGAGGCCGAAGAGCAGGGAGCCUCGCGCUGCGCUGGUGCCUGCAGUGGAGGAGCAGAAGGUGUGGGAGACCCGGGCCGGCCGAGGCACCCUUGCAGCUGUUGCCUCACGGUACGUGAGUGUAGGUUACAGUGAUGUCAGACAUUGUUAAAGACAGAAUGGGUCAUUCAUUGAAGAAAAGGGGGAGUGCGUCCUCUCUAAGCAGGAAGGAGCUUCAUGGGCGAGUCAAAGGCUCUCUGAGUGCUGUGUCUUACAUGGACGAACCUAGCCAACGUGAUGUUGCCUCUCGCCUUACAGUUCAGAUGGAAAACACCUAUCAGCUCGGGCCUAGCAAACAUUUUCCUGUGGCUAUUGUCAAUCAUAUUCUGAAAGAUGUGUUAACUAACUCUCUGCAAGAACAACAAUAUGAACCAGAGCUCUGCAGACAGAUGACUAAAACGAUUUCUGAGAUCAUUAAAGCGCAGGUCAAGGACUUGCUGGUCCCUCGCUAUAAGCUGAUGGUGAUGGUUUACAUCGGGCAACUGAGCGGCCAGAGCAUCCUCAUUGGGAGCAGGUGCCUCUGGAACCCUAAAAGUGAUAACUUCGCAUCUUAUGUUUUUAGAAACUCUUCACUCUUUGCUCUUGCAACUGUCUAUGCAGUUUACUUUGAGUGACUGAAAAUAAGAAACAUAGUAUUACUGUUUUAAAUCAAGAAAUAGGCUAUAUCUAAGUACACAAAAGUUUUACUGACUAAAAGUUUUAGAAAGAAAUGCUAAUAGUUCAAACAACUGGAAGAUUUUGGAUUUUAAAAAUACUUUUGGGAAGUUUGGGGGAGGGAAGUGUGGCACAAGAAAGAAUUUUGUUUACCUCAAGAAGGAACUAAGUUUUUGUUCUAUUGGAUUUUUUCCACAGACAUAGAUUGUUAUUAAAUAUUACUUUGGUACUAAUUAUUUUAAUUACUCUUCAAUUAAAGAGUUAGAAUUUCCUGUGUUGUUUUUAAUGAGAAAUUUUUUUUAAAUAUGUGGCUGUAUACUUAGACCAAUAAAUGGCGGUAGAAUAUCCAACAUGGUAUACACAAAUGAUAAAAGUAUGUCUCAGUGCUGCAUAUAAAAGAAUACUGGCUUUCAUUUGCUACUUAAUAAAUUGAGUAGCAUUCAUUAGCUGCAAUUACUGUUACAUGUACCUGACAGUUGAAACUGGUGAGGUAGAAUUAAUGAUUUCAUAACAAUUAUCAUAGUCCCAUGGGGCUGCUAGCUAAAACUAGAAGCUCUUGUGGAUUGCCUGUACUUUACAAAAGUGUGGAAGAACUGAAUGUCG